GGAAGUAGCAGGAAGGAAGGAUAUAUUAAGCAACAGGUGAAGCCGGCGACACCCAUAGCUGCUGAGUGCAGCCAGAGCUGAACACAAGCAUGUGGAACAACAGGUGCCAGCAGACCUACAGCAGUAAAGGUAAACAGAUGGGAGUGGCCAGUCAUGGUUAAAAACAGGCUUAGCGAGGAAACGAAAAAAAAAAAAAAAGAAAUCCCUGGGCGUGUAGUCAUUAACCUACAUUGCAUGGGAGGUAUUCCUCUGCGAAGUGAAAGAAAGACUCCACCUGCCUGGAGGAGACAGUCACACCUCUCUGACCUGCACAGGAGAGUUCAGGAAACCAAGAGGAAGUCAAAUCAGAAGUGCCUGUCUUAGCAACGAGCUUCAUCUACAGAGGCUGCCCGGCACAACCGCACAUCAAGUGAAUGAAGUUCAUACUAAAAGACAUUUCUGAUACAUCGACAAGGAAAAUAUUCUAUGUUCACGUCAGUACCUGGCUUCAGACCUGUAAAAUCCAUGAAGGACCAUGAAGGAUGUCAGUGACGGUAUUAUCGGAUUCACCGGUGAUGCAGAGAAUAAAACCUUGCCUGUUUUGCCUUGUUUGGACAAUGUUUGCCCAGAGGAGAAGCCUGUAGGAUCUACCUCACAUUAUGAAGAGUGUGACACAAGCCGAGCAUUACCAGAGGUCUCUAACACAUGGGGAGACUUUGAGGGGUUUGAUGAGUUCACUCCACAGUCGGAACAAUUUUACUAUGCAGAUGAAGCCUUGCAGUUGAACUCUUUUACUACUUUUACCUCCAAUGGAGAUUGUUGCACUGAGCAAACCGAAGUCCAAGAUGAAUGGGAUGCAUUUAAUGAAGAAGAUGGGCAUACCCAGGACUGUGAACAAAUCUUAGCACUGAGCUUUCCAGCCCCAUCUGUAGAGCAAACAAGUGAGGAUGUGAAGAGCCUGGAUGCACUUUUAGAGUCUACAUCUAAUGGAGAAAAUGUUGCGUCCCAGUUACUAAAAUCUUGCUUAUGGCUUGAUUGUGAGCGGUCAGAGAAAGCUGGAGACGUCCUGCCUGGUAAUCCUGGGUUGGACUGGCAGAAAGCCAAGGCAUGUCAAGAUCUCAUGUCCCAGCUCUGCAUCUCUGCUGAAAAUACGUCUGUCGAAAAAGAUGAAGUUUUGACAGAUUUUGAUGUGGAACAAUUGCACUUUAAUGAAACUUUGCACCCGAUUGCUAAUAAAUCUCUAAUUCAAACUAAGUUGGAUGUGGCUCCAGGAUCCAAACAAGGCCAAAUAUUUUCCUAUCAGCUAUUUUUGAAGAAGCCCUCAGCUGAUGUCCCGUUGUCCUUCCUCACUUUUUCUGGAAAGAAGAGUUUUUUCAGUACAAACCAGAUGCGUUUUAAUUUUUAAAUUGCAAGCCUGCCCUUUGUUUUAUUGAAAUGUAUUGUGUAUGAAUAAUAUUUAUAUUAUGUUGUUUUUAGCAGAGCUUUAGAACUAUGAAAUGUAACUUAUUGCACUGUAUAUUUCCAAACCUUUCACUAAUAAUCUUUUAGAGCACACUGAACACAACAACAUGGGGAGAUGGAGAAACAUCUGGAAUCACUGGUGGGUUAAAUCACCCAGUGGCUUCUUGCUUUAGUCAAGGGCACCAGGGAUUAAAUCUGAAGACUGGUUUCUACAGUCUUCAUGAGAGGGUCUCGUUAUCCAUGUUAAUUUUUCAAUAAGCAAUGCAGGACAAAGCUGGAUAAUUAAUAAUCACUUUGCAGUUUACUAACAGAAAGAGUAGUGGCUGAGUGUAACGAUCAGCAUUCAUUCCAAAUGUAAUGUUUGGGUUAAAUUCUUUAAAACAAAAUUUUCCAUUUUAACGUAAAGAUGACACGCUAAAGAACCUCUUUGUGCAGCAACAUCUCAGAUUGGCGCAGUUAUCUCCUUUUUUCUGUGAUAUUGCUUACCCUGCAUUAUUGGUGGGGAAUUUAUGACUGCAGCAGACCCAUCAUUUAAAGAUGUAUUGACACACAUUUUUUUAUAUAUAUAUUUUUUGCACAGGUGACACGUAUAUCACAUUUAACGUCUCAGAUUUCACCUAUAGCGCCCCUACUGUAUGUUUAGAUCAGUGGUCUUCAAACUGUGGCCUGUGGGCCGGAUGCGGCCCUUGGGGCACCAAUUAUUCCACUGACAACAACGGGUCACUAUUCCUUGCUUAGACACCAAUAAUGGGGCACUAUUCCUUCCAUUGCCACAGAUAAUGGUGCAUAAUUUAUCCCACGGAUAUAAAUGAUUAGGCACUAUUCCUCCAGAGUUGAGCGCUGCUGUUCUAGAGAAUAACACAUAUCACUUCUGUCUUAGUUGCUAUAUAGACUUUCACAUUCUUUCAGCUGGUCUGAAAUUAUCAGGUAGUUGAAUAAACACUUUGCACAUUC